AUGUUGGCAAUAUUCAAGAAGGGUUUGGUAAAUCCACCACAGGAAUUGAAUAGCCCAGCUUCACCUCAAGCUUCUAUUAACCCUAAGAAUUCCGAGGAGAUAUUGAAGGGUUUUCUAUCUGAUGCCUGCAAUGGCUUUUCUGUUGGCUUUGAUGACAAGGCUUUAUUGGCCUAUGCCCCACCUCAACCCUCAUUCAAGGCACAUCAAAGGUUGUUCUGUGGUGUAAAUGACAUUUACUGCAUUUUCUGGGGGAGUUUAAACAACUUGUGCACCCUUAACAAGCAAUAUGGCCUAUCAAAGGGUGGCAAUGAGGCCAUGUUUGUAAUUGAAGCAUAUCGGACCCUCCGAGACCGGGGCCCAUACCCGGCUCAUCAGGUCCUUAAGGAUCUUGAAGGAAGCUUUGGAUUUGUGAUCUAUGAUCACAAGGCUGAAACUGUGUUUACUGCCCUUGGUGCUGAUGAUGCGCUGAAGCUCUUCUGGGGCAUAGCAUCUGAUGGAUCUGUUAUGAUCUCUGAUAAUGUGGAUCUCAUCAAAUCUAGCUGCAGAAAAUCAUUUGCUCCAUUCCCACCAGGGUGUAUGUACCAUAGUGAAAGAGGAUUGAUGAGCUUUGAGCAUCCAAUGAACAAAAUGAAAGCCAUGCCCAGAAUUGACAGUGAAGGAGCAAUGUGUGGAGCCAAUUUCAUGGUUGAUGCCUACUCUAAAGUUAAUAGCAUGCCAAGGGUUGGGAGUGAGGCUAAUUGGGCAACCUGGGGCCAACAAGCUUGA